AGAGACUGGGGCUCUCUCUCUCUCUCUCUCUCUCUCUCUCUCUGAUUUGGCUUUGUCUUUUUUAUAGAGAGUGUGUAUAAAGUGCCGACUCAACUUCUUCAUUGCAAUGGCUCGAGCGUGAACAGUCUCAGUAACAGACCGUACGGCCUCACUCCACCGCCUCACUCCAAAAAUAAAAACAAAUCAAAUCCUCUCUUCACCUACAAACAAUAUUCCAAUCCCUCACUCUCGCUCUCAACAACAACAACAACAACAACAACAAUAACACCCCAAAUUCCAGAACGAUUAAACAAAUGGUACCUUCAUUUCUGUUUUAUACCACCAUCAUCGCUGUGUUAAAGUGAAAAAAUUUUUUAUGUCGUUUUUCGUUUCUCAAUAUUGAUUUCUGACGUGGGUUUUGGGGUUUUCGAAAAGGGUUCUGGUUAUUUUCUUCAAAAUCUGUGUACACUGAUUGGUAUAUAUAUUUUUAUAUAUAACACUGUAUUAUCUAAAGUAUUUUAGUUUGAUGAUGGGGAAACUAGCUGAGAGAGAUAAAUGGAUUGUAGAGAAGAUGAAAAGAGGAGAAGGUGAAGUGUUUAAUGAGGUCCCAAAUGUGCAAUAUUUUGGUCCUUCUCAUCAACAACGACAAAAGCCUUCUUCUUUGAGCGGUUCAUUUUCAAAUGGGUUUUGUUGUUUGCCAGAGGAUGGUUCACUAUUUGCUACUACUGAGAGAGAUGACAGGAUUAAUAUUCUUAUGAAGAAGCAUGAUGACGGAGACUUUUUUCAUGAUGUCUCAAAUGUGCCUUAUUUUAAUCUUCAACAACAACAACAACAACGACAACAACAACAAAAGUUUCUUUUGAGUAGUGGUUCUUCUCCUGUGAGCAGAGUUUCUCUUCAAUCUCCAUCAGAGUGUUCUUCUUCUUCCUCUUCAAGCUUAAUAUUCCCAAAUGGGCUGGCUUCACCUGAUAAUGGUUCCUAUUAUAUGAAUGGAUUCUGUUUUGAUUCUAAAUCACCUGAUGCCUCUUAUAAGAUGAAUGCUAGAUUAGUUGAUGAAAUGGGCUUGUCCCAGAGUUUCUGUGGAUUGAGUAUUAAAGAAGAGCAUAAUAGUGGUAGUACUGAAAUGAAGGAGUUUGGGUUUGGUGGCUUUAAUGAUCUCUCUUUGGACGGGCACUUAGGAUACAAUGUUAAGAAACACGGUGGCUCAUAUGGGGGUUCUAACAACAAGGGGGCUUUUGAUAUUGAAGGUUUUCAGUCCUCUCCUCAUGGAGUUUAUGAUGAUGGAAACCAUACAUUUAGUGGUGGAUUUGAAAAGGAUGCUUUUGUUCCGAUGGGGUCUCCUCUUGUUGCUCAUAAUCAGACUAGGACUAAUGAUUUAUAUUCUGGUUCUUGUUGGUAUAAUAACCAAAGUGAUUAUCUAUUGGAGCAAAGAGGAAAUUGGAGUGAUAGAGGCAUUCAAUCACAGAACUCAUAUUUUACUGGGACUUGCUUAAAUGAUUCUUCUGUUUUUCCACAGCAUUAUAAAUUGGAUUCUAAUGGAGGCAGGGGUGUUAUUGAUUCAAUGGGUGCUUUUCAGUCUCUGCACCACAAAUUGGAUAUGAAUGUCAGUGAUCCAGUGUAUAGAAGUUUGAUGCUAAAAGAAAUGAUGAGAGCUAUAAAAAACAAUGAGCAUUCUCUUAUGUCUAUGAAAGGUACAGAGGCUAUGGAAGCCUUUAGCUGCGAGGAUAGUUAUAUCAUACAAGGAAAAGUUUUGAAUCAUGUUAGCAACAAAGAAUGUGAACCACUUAGUAGGGACAAUAUGAAUUCCUUAAAUGAGAUUCCAUUUCAAAACUUUCGUGGAAAAAGCAUUAGACUAGAUAACUGUAUCCUCAAUGGAGAAAGUUGGGAAAAUGAUCCGAGGAUAAGCAGUUAUAGUCCAUUGCCAGAGGUUCCAAGUAUCAAUUCCUUGAGUGAGGUCCAGGGUAAAAUAUACUUAAUGGCACAGGAUCAGAAUGGUUGCAGGUGGUUGCAAAGGAUUUUUGACGAGGGAACAAGCCAAGAUAUUCAAAUAAUAUUUAAUGAGAUUAUUGAUCAUGUUGUUGAACUUAUGUUGAAGCCAUUUGGAAAUUAUGUCAUUCAGAAGUUCUUGGACGUGUGCAAUGAAGAACAAAGAUUGCAGAUUGUUUUCAUGGUGACUGAAGAACCAGGACAGCUUCUUAGGAUUUGCUUGAACACAUAUGGCACACGCGCGGUACAGAAGUUGAUCGAGACUCUCAAAACCAGGCAGCAGAUUUCAUUUGUAGUUAUGGCACUGAGACCUGGUUUUCUUGAUCUUGUCAAGGACCAAAAUGGAAAUCAUGUGAUUCAGCGUUGCUUGCAAUGCCUGCACAAUGACGACAAUAAGUUUAUAUUUGAUGCUGCUGCGAAGUUCUCUGUUCAGAUUGCAACUCAUCGACAUGGAUGCUGUGUAAUGCAACGAUGUAUUACACAUUCCACUGGGAAACAUAGAGAGAAAUUAAUAACAGAAAUUUCCAAAAACGCUCUUCUCCUUGCUCAAGAUCCUUUUGGAAAUUACGUUGUUCAAUAUAUUGUAGAGCUAAAGAACCCAUCUGCUGCAGUCAAUUUGCUUUCUCAAUUCAGGAGGCACUAUGUACACCUAUCCAUGCAGAAAUUUAGCAGCCAUGUGGUUGAAAAGUGCCUUAAGCAUUUGGAAGAGAGCCGAGAACAAAUAGUUCAUGAAUUGAUCUCAGUAUCACGCUUUGAACAGUUACUGCAAGAUCCAUUUGCCAACUAUGUUAUUCAGUCUGCCCUAGCAGUCACUAAGGGUCCUCUUCGUGCUUCACUGGUUGCUGCAGUCCGACCCCAUGUGAUUUUACGCACCAACCCAUACAGUAAGAGGAUUUUCUCUAGGAAUCUCUUGAAGAAAUGAUGUAAUACUUUUCUGUGGUAAGAAGUGUUGUUGUUCUAUCAGAUUUACAACCUUGUUCGCUGCUACUAACAAAUAGUCUAUCAAGCAGGGGGGCAGUAGAUGUAGAUUGUCAUUGGAAUUCGCAGCUGAUAUCCUGGUUAAAAUUUUUGCAAAUGUGGAUGGUCUCCGUGAGUCUGAAGUGUAGAAAUGAAGCAUUUCCUUCCACUUGUUUAUGAACUUGUAUUAUUCUGUUGUCUUGUUGUUGUCUUGUUCAAUCUAGACUUGAGAUGUAUUAUAUUUUGCAUUGCUCAGAACCUUAAGUAUCUGCUCCAAGUUUUGUAAUAUGGGAUCCCAGGAUAUCUUUAUUCGUAUCUCCUUGUUUUUUUUGGAGUUGAAAUGCACAGAUACCUUUCUGGUCCA